AUGUCAUUCGUUCCUUUCAAAAUCCCCACCUCUGGAAAUGUCCAAGAGCGUAUCGGUCCCAAGAAGGACAGCCCUGAGGUUGACUUGAAUGCUCAAGAGCUCCUCCUGGAUUAUCUGGCGAGCAAUUCAGAUGAAUACUGUCGCGUUCGGGAUUUGAGAAAAAAGGGCUGGGAGAACAGCCAGGGAGACGAAUAUUUCAAGAAGCAACGACAAGAUGCAGACGGAGCCGAUGAGAACAAGCGUCGAUUUUUCUACAACAUGAUGAAGACCAUCGCAUUGGACCUCGACUUAUCAACAGGGGCCUUGACACGAGGUUCUCUCAGAACAGAACGUGUGCUCGACAUGUGCGCCGCACCAGGAGGUUUCAUCGAUCAAACUAUGAUCAUGUGUCAUGAUAUCACCCGCGUCAGAGCCAUGAGUCUCCCCCAAGAAGAAGGCGGUCACGAAAUGAGGCUUGAGAACAAAAGCGUCAACGUCGAGUUUCGUGAUAUCACGAUGCUAGCAGGCGACAUGGGCGUUGUCGAACAAGACAUCCCUGACAACUUUCCUGAGCGAGGAAAGUUGAUACUCGAUCGAGUUUUUGAGUCUGACGAGAAGUACGAUCUCGUCUUCUGCGACGGCCAAGUCCUACGCACUCAGCAGCGCUCCGAAUGGCGCGAACGAGGUGAAGCAACUCGUCUACAAGUGACGGAACUGGCGCUGGGUCUAGAGCACCUGAGCACUGGCGGAACGAUGAUCAUCCUGAUGCACAUGCUGGACACAUGGCGUAGCUUCAAAUUCAUCCACCAAUUCAGCCAAAUCGCAGACGUUUCUCUGUACAAGCAUCACAGACACCACCGAUUUCGAUCAUCAUUCUACCUCAUCGCCAAGAACGUUCAGGCAGAGAGUUCGUACGCCAAGAGCCUUGUAAAGUUGUGGAAGGAGCAGUACAAGAUUGCUGCGUUUGGUAGUGAAGAGGAGCGUGUCAGGGUGCAUUGGGAGGGUAAAGAAGUUGCCCAGGGCAGAAUUGAUGAAUUUGGGGCCGACUUUAUCAAGAUGGGAUACAACAUUUGGAGGACUCAGGCUGAUGGACUGGAGAAUGCACCCUUUAUCAAGGGUCUUUGA